UGAUAUUUAAGUUCACCAGGUUGAUAAAAUCUAAAGUGGAAUUAGUCAAUGAUGAUUUAAUGCUUAUUAAGCUUUAAAUAUUUGAUCAGAUUUGGUAAAAAUUUUUUUAUCAAAUCUUUACAGCCAUUUGGAAUUCAGGAAUAUCUAAUCUAUUUUUAUCAUACUUAACAGCUUUUAAGAUCUCUGACUCAGAUGUUCCAUUGAAAGGAGGAGUAUCAGUCAAUAAAAUAUGCAAAAUCACCUCAGCUGGCCAAAAAUCACAAAGUUCAUCAUACUUUCCAUUUAAAACUUCUGAGAGUUAUAUAAUAAGGCUAAUUUAAAAAGCGUAACCAUACUAUUUAUGCCUUUGA